UCCCCCCACCCCUCAAGCUAGGCUGAGCUGUGCCUACGUCGGCCUUGACUCUUGGGGGCUGGAGGAGUUACCUUUGGAGCCCGAAAGGAGGAAGGAAGGAAAAUAUCAACAACAGCCGAGGCGACUCGGACGCUCGGCCCGGGUCCCCCGCCUGCCUGCCCGCCCCCGCGCCCAGGACGGGGGCCUAGGCCCCCCGGCGCCGCCCAGGGCCCGCGCGGACGCCGGCCUCAUUUAUUAUUCCCCCCGCCCGGAGCUGCGGCUUCCAGGUGCUGAAGAUCCCCCGGACUAGGGGCGAGGGCUACCCCCUCCCAGCCGUGACACCCCCCUUCCCCCAGUGGGGCCGGAGGCUGUGCAGAAGGUGUCCCGCAGACCAUGAACUGAGUGCUGGUCCGAGACUGUUCAUGAGCACAGUGUAAGGUGUGCCGAGACCCGCCACCCAGCUAUCCCCUCCCCUCCCCGGCAGUGAAGAUCCCCGGAAAAGAUGGGGAGGAAAAAGAUUCAGAUCCAGCGAAUCACCGAUGAGCGGAACCGACAGGUGACAUUCACCAAGAGGAAGUUCGGGCUGAUGAAGAAGGCGUACGAGCUGAGCGUGCUCUGUGACUGCGAGAUCGCGCUCAUCAUCUUCAACCACUCCAACAAGCUGUUCCAGUACGCCAGCACGGACAUGGACAAGGUGCUGCUCAAGUACACGGAGUACAACGAGCCGCACGAGAGCCGCACCAACGCCGACAUCAUCGAGACCCUGAGGAAGAAGGGCUUCAACGGCUGCGACAGCCCAGAGCCCGACGGGGAGGACUCGCUGGAACAGAGCCCCCUGCUGGAGGACAAGUACCGGCGCGCCAGCGAGGAGCUCGACGGGCUCUUCCGGCGCUAUGGGUCAGCUGUCCCGGCCCCCAACUUUGCCAUGCCCGUCACGGUGCCCGUGUCCAAUCAGAGCUCACUGCAGUUCAGCAAUCCCAGCGGCUCCCUGGUCACCCCUUCCCUGGUGACGUCAUCCCUCACGGACCCACGGCUCCUGUCCCCCCAGCAGCCAGCACUACAGAGGAACAGUGUGUCUCCCGGCCUGCCCCAGCGGCCAGCCAGCGCAGGGGCCAUGCUGGGGGGAGACCUCAACAGUGCUAACGGAGCCUGCCCCAGCCCUGUCGGGAAUGGCUACGUCAGUGCCCGGGCUUCCCCUGGCCUCCUCCCCAUGGCCAACGGCAACAGCCUAAACAAGGUCAUCCCUGCCAAGUCUCCGCCCCCACCCACCCACAGCGCCCAGCUUGGAGCCCCCAGCCGCAAGCCUGACCUGAGGGUCAUCACUUCCCAGGGAGGAAAGGGGUUAAUGCAUCAUUUGACUGAGGACCAUUUAGAUCUGAACAAUGCCCAGCGCCUUGGGGUCUCCCAGUCUACCCACUCGCUCACCACCCCAGUGGUUUCCGUGGCAACACCGAGUUUACUCAGCCAGGGCCUCCCCUUCUCUUCCAUGCCCACCGCCUACAACACAGAUUACCAGUUGACCAGUGCAGAGCUCUCCUCCUUACCGGCCUUCAGUUCGCCUGGGGGGCUGUCGCUAGGCAGUGUCACCGCCUGGCAGCAGCCGCCGCAGCCGCAGCAGCCGCCGCAGCCCCAGCCGCAGCCGCAGCCCCAGCCUCCCCAGCAGCCCCAGCCGCCACCUCAGCAGCAGCCCCACCUGGUCCCCGUGUCCCUCAGCAACCUAAUCCCCGGCAGCCCCUUGCCCCACGUGGGUGCUGCCCUCACGGUCACCACCCACCCCCACAUCAGCAUCAAGUCGGAACCAGUGUCCCCAAGCCGUGAGCGCAGCCCUGCGCCUCCCCCUCCAGCUGUGUUUCCGGCUACCCGCCCUGAGCCUGGCGACAGUCUCAGCAGCCCGGCUGGGGCCUCCUAUGAGACGGGGGACCGGGAUGAUGGACGGGGAGACUUCGGGCCCACACUGGGCCUGCUGCGCCCAGCCCCAGAGCCUGAGGCUGAGGGCUCAGCUGUGAAGAGGAUGCGGCUCGAUACUUGGACAUUAAAGUGACGGUUCCCACUCCCCUCCUCUCAGCCUCCCUGAUGAAGAGUUGACAAUCUCACCGCCCACCCCUCCCUGUCCUGGGCUCCUCCCGCUCGACCCCCACUUCCUUUCUUGUGCUCCGUGUCCUGUUGACGGUUACAUUUGUGUAUAAUUAUUAUAUUAUUAUUAUUAUUAUAAUAUUUUUUUUAAUUUGGAUUCUCGCUUUGGAGAGGGGGAUGCUCCCAUCCCCUCUUUCUGCACCCCCCACCAGUUUCACUGGCUGGGGGGCUCUUUUUUGUGGGAAGGGGGGGACACUUUGCACGUUGUACACAUAUGCUGCAGGAGGGGGUGGGGGGCCCGAUAGGCCUUGGGAAAGGACAGGUGCCGAGCCCUGCAUGCGGGGCCCUCCCACCCCAUCCCCCAGACAGAGGGAAAUAACCAAAAACUACCAAACAACAAAAACCCCUUACAAUAGACUGAAACCCCAAAGUCGGCCUCAUGGGUGGUUUUGUGUUUCAGGGGGAAAGUGAGGCAGAGGUUCUGAAGAAGGUCUCUGCUUCUCGGCUGUUCCUAUGGCCACAGGCACAUGGGGCAGAAUACCCAAGCCUGGGCCCCAGAGGCCCCUGCACACACACCACACACUCUCAACUGAUUCUCAUGUGAUCUGCACCUCCAAGGUGUGCGGGUGCUGGCCGAGGUUUGGGGCUGGGAAGGCUGCCUGGGAAUCGAGGCUGGAGGGAAGGGGCUUGAGGUGGGGCCCCUAUGAAGCACAGUUGGAGAGAAAGAGCCAUGAGGAGAGGGCUGAGGAGGGGCAGAAGGGCUGGGGCAGGGGGUGAAUUGGGGGCCCCCUCCCUUCCCCAGCACUUUCUCUAAGAUACACAGUGCAAUAGCUCCCCGUCCCUCAGUUGACACCAGCCCUGUAAAGCCGGCCACGAAGCGCAGGGAGAACUGGGGAGAGUGAAGUGGCUCAGCAGGAGGUGGCCUCAGGCACCCCGGGGUGCCUGAGGACUGGAAACCCUUGCAUCCAGGGACUAGCGUGAGUGAGGGGACUUGCUCUUCCUUGCACGUACACAUCCCCAGAGGAGUGGACAUUGGGGUGGUGUGUGAGGGUGGGAGAGAGGAUGGAGGAGGUCCGCAAAAGGCCUGCCUCCCUUCUUUCCUCCUCGGCCCCUCUCCCCAGCCCUCCUCCCAGCUCCUUCCGCUCCUGACCCCACCUCCCUGCUCUUGGCGCCCUCAUUGUCUCGCUACCUCCUGUCCCACCACCCCCAGGCCGCAUCCCACCUUCUGUCUUGGCUACUGUAAUUGUAAAUAGCAACCUUUGGAAAACGUUAGCAGUGUAACAGUCCAGGAAACUGUUUUUUUUUGUUGUUGUUGUAUUGAUAUGAAAUGAGAUUCUAUUUUUGUCAAAGUAUAUUGUAAUAAUAAUGACUCAAACGGCCUGUACUGUACAGACGAGAUUCUUCUGCUGUUGUUCUUGCUCCCCUCCCCUCCCCCCCCCAAGUCCGCCCUCUCUACUGCCUCCCCAGUGGGGGCAGCCAAAGCGUGGGGUCCUGAGACCCCAGGCUGGAUCACAGAUCAAACUGGAGGGGGCAGGCCCCCGGCCCGCAGUCCACCACUACUCCCUGCCCUAAGGGGCCUGUCCUGGGGUGACGUGGGCAGGCAGACUGGGGCCUGCCCCACUCCUUCACAUAAGAAGCCCAGCCCCUCUGCCCAAGGGGUGCAGUGCUCCCUUGGGGUUUCAUCCUGGUGGGAAAGUAGAGUUAGACAAGGCCCGGUUUUGUGGUAGGCGACACUGCCUGCCUCUACGAUCCAGCCGCUUGCAGUAUUCCGAUACUUGAUGCAGGGAAGGAACCCAGAGCAGAGGGGUGCGUGUGACCACACAGGUACCCGAGUGUGUUGAUGAGGGCAUCUGGUAUUUAUGUGUCUGAGUGUACCUUUGUAUUUAUGUGUGUGUGUGUGUGUGUGGCUGCAUGGGUGUACCUUUAUGUGGCUCUGAGCCCGUCUGGGCAUGUGUGUGUGAAUCUGUGUGAACUGAGCUCUGAGGGGGUGUGUGUGUGUGUGCGUGCCUGAGUGUGUGUUUACAGAGGGACAGAUGGCUCUUCUUGCAGCCACACAGCCCUGGCUUCCAGCUCUGUGACCCUCCUUCCUGAGCCCCACUCUCUUCCCUGCUGCAGCCCCUGUUCUCACCCUCAGCUCUGAUAUGUUUAUACUUCACUUGGGGAUCUGGCACUUGGCCCUCUUUGCUUCUCCCUGUAGCCCUACCUCUCCUGCAGCUCCACGCACAAUUGUUCACCCAGUCCCCAGGCCUUUAUACCCAGCUCCCUUUCUUGGAGUACCCUCUUCCCCCCACACCCCCUCCUGCUUUCAGGAUGAUACUCAAGUUCCUCUUCCUCUCUGCAGCUUUUUGCUCACCUGUGCUGUGGUCCUUCCUUACAGCUUACCCCCCCCAACUGCUGAUUGGGCACACAGCAUGCCCAGUCUUCCUGCAUGUUCCUAGAGGGAGUGUCAGUAGAUGAGACUUGAUCAGGACCUUGAAAGAAGCCAGGGUGUAGUCUUGUGCAUGCGUGCAUGCAUUCCCAGAGCCUUGCCCAGUGCCUGGCACGUAGCCAGCGCUCAACAAAUGCUGAUUGGGUGAAAGGUGAAUGAUAGGUGCUCAAUAAACGUUGAAUGACUGGCCUUCCCUUCUCAGGCUAUUCCCGCCAUCAGUCUGCCCACCUUUCUAGGCUGGGCUUGGCCACCAUUAAACAUGGGGUCGGGGUGAGGGCCCCUGCAGUUCCCGGUGCAAUAUUCACCAGUUUUGCCCUCUGCCUUGUAAUGGCAAACCUGGCUUUUGAUUACCAUGUGUGGAUGUGUGCGUGUCCUUUUCUCUCUAUCCCUGGGGGCAGGGGGUGAUCUGUGAAUGAAUAUGUGACAUUUCUGCAAUUCAGUAUCCCGAGGUUUCUCUUGGGGUUAGGGGCCCCUGGCCGGCCUGAUGAAUGGGUCUCUGGGAACCCAGACCUCAAGUGGGGACUUCAUUUCUUCUUCCUCUCACAAGCCAAAUUUGCCUCCACCCACUCCUUCCUCCGAAGAACUGGGCAUUUGCCAAAGUAAUCACUGGAGUCAUCCAAUGCCCCUCCCCUCCCCAGGUUUCCCACAGCUUUCAGGGAUAGUGGGCAAGAGGACCUCCCACACAUACACCCCUCCCCCAGUGGAACACACCAUUUCCCCUCCCCCCAGCAGUGCACUCAAUGCAGCGAGACUGACCCCUGACCCUUAUCCAGCCCUUCCCACCUUGGACAGGAAGGAAGUAAUGCACCUUCUCUUGCUGAUUAUUUAUUUGUUUGGAGAGACAAAUGAUGUAAAAGUGUAUCUAGAAAUAUCUAUAUCUAUAUAUUUUUAACUGACUCUUUGGAAUCCCCUGGGGUGGGAUGGGGGGGUGAAAUGAGGCUUUCACGGAGGGGAGGAGACAUGGAGCCUGGGAACGCUUCAUCUCCCCUCUUGCCACCUCUCCAUCCCCUAAGCAGUUGGUAGAAGGAAUGGGAUUUGUAGCGGGGGAGGGGGGCUGGAGUGUCAUACGGAGAAUCUGGAUUCUCUGUCUUCCCCAUUCAAGUCCCAGAGGGAAGGGGGGAGGGAGAGGGAGGGGAGACAGGCCCCGAGGUGCCCCACCCUCAAACCCGACAAUCACCCACACUCCUAGGGCUCAUCCCGGGUCCUGGGGAGGGCGAGUCCAAGUGUGUGACUGUUGAUUUGUUUUCAAUAUUUCUUUUUGUGCUGUAUGGUGAUGCUUUCUUAGUAUUCUACACAAUAAGAAAAGACAAAGUCCUCGAGAUUCUUAUGAGUUUUGUUUGAAAACUCUUUCACUAUAUUUGUUGUAAAGAGGUUUACUAUUAAAAGAAAAAGAAUACACGUUUCUGAUA